AUGAACACUACUUUGGCAAUAGAUAAAAGUACGCCUGAAACACCUUCACCAUCUUCUAUGCUGCUCGUAUCUUCAACAGUGGUUUCGCAACAGUCAGGUACGUUAUUUUCAGAUGAUCUCAUUGAGAUACAACGAACAUUACAGUCGAACCUUCACGUGAAACCAUCUCGACACCCUCCUCUAACCGACCAUGUAUCCAAACUACCAAAAGUUUCCCAGUCAGAGCCCUAUAAUUGGAACCUCUCUAAAACGACCGCCUCCUAUAAGCGUCCGUAGUAACCUUCUUUCGUUUAUACGGUCUAAUAACAGUUGUAAAGACAGGGAAUCAACUCGCACAGAAACUUUUUGUUCAUUUUUGUCUCUACUUUUACGGACAACAGUUUUCGUGUAUAGUCAACUACUCUCAAGACGGACAUCAGUCAGUGGUGGAUCCAGGGGAAGGGCCCCCCUUAAUUUUAGACCAAACUGAGGUCCGAAGGGCAGAAAAAAAAUUUUGUUGAGUCCGGGCUCCUCCCUUAUCUCAGGGUCUGGAUGACCGCCCCCCUCUCUUGUCUGAAGGUCUCAUCCGCCACUGCACUUACAUACAAACAGUAUAAAAAAUUACGUGUAUUGUCUUUGAUAACAGGUACCUUUGUGUUGAUGACAUCUGCCUCAGUGUUAUCAUCAGAUCAUACAAACAGCAAGUCGAGGGGUCUGUUGGAUGCAGCAGUGAAU